AUGGAAGGCUGUCCAAGAUUGCCAAUGUUAAGUUUCGAUUUAAAAUCAUGUGUGGAAUCGAUUAAUUUAUGCGAAAAAAUUCCUAGUGUAAAUAAUUACUUUUCUCUGAUUAAAAAAAGUGGUGAUAAAUAUUCGAGUGAAUGUGAACAAAUUAACCGUCUUCGUCAGAAUGUUGUCAAUGCGUCGGCUGAUCAAGUUGGUGUGCAAAUUUUGAAAAAGUAUUAUUGUCAAUUACGAUUACUACGUAACCGAUUUCCAAUGUUACCUGAAACCGAAUGUGCUGUUCGAUUUACAUGGGAGGAUGCUUAUCAAAAAGACGACAGUUCGUUUAAUGAUAUUCGAUUUGAAGAAUCUGCUAUUUUAUAUAAUAUUGGUGCAAUAUAUACUCAUUUGGCGGCACGAGAAUCAAGAAAAACUCAUGAUAGUAUCAAAAAUUCCUGUACAUAUUAUCGUUGUGCUGCAUGGGCAUAUCAGACCGUUCGUGAUCAAUAUACAGCAUAUACAUCAGAUUUAAAUCCUGAUUUAUUAACAUAUCAAUUCUAUGUUUUAAUGGCACAAGCACAUGAAACAGUUUUAGAAAAAUCAUUACUCGAUGAGCGACCAGCAUCAGUCAAUGCACAUGUUGCCAUGCAAAUAUCAGAAUAUUAUCAAAUGGCCUUAGUUAAUUUAACAAAACCGGGCAUCAAUUCUCUUGUAUCAAAAAAAUUUAAAGAAUGGCGUACAUCAGUGACAUACAAGUUGUCAUAUUAUCUUGCAAUGACAUAUUUUUACUGCGGUAUCACUGCAGAAGACAAUAAAAAACGUGGAGAAGCGGUCUGUUAUUAUGAGGCUGCUGUGGAACGCCUGAAAGAAGCAUGGAAAAAUGCUGCAAAGAUUUCGAAUGAUAAAGUUCAACCAUUUCAAGAAAGUUGUACGUUCACAACAGAUGUUCUUGUUGGAAAAUAUAAAUCGGCUAAACGAGAUAACGAUUCUGUUUUCUUUGAAAAAGUUCCAACAUUAUCUAGCUUAACUGCUGUGCAAGGUGCAAUUGUUGCUAAGCCACAAUCAUUUGAUUUUCAAGAUCCAGAUGUGUGUGGUCCAGAUAUUUUUCAACGUCUAGUUCCAAUGGACACUCAUUUUGCUGCAUCCGAAUAUAGUGAAGAAAAAGCGAAAUUAUUACGUGAAGUUGUAGAAUUAGUUGAAAAUAAAAAUCGAGAAUUAGAAACAUUCUUACUUUGUUUACAAAUGGAUCGAGUACCACUGGAUCAGGAAUAUUUACGUUUACCUCGUGAUUUACUCGAUUGUUGUGCUGCCGUUGGUAGUCGACCAAGUAUGCCAAAAGAUUUGGCAUUAUUAAUGCAACAAUUAAAUAGUUUACAUCAUGACCUAGAAGAACAGUCGACAGAUUUUGAACAGAAUUUACAAAAUUUUGAAGAGAAUGGAAAUGAUCUAGUGAAACAAAACAAAGAAUUAAAAAAUUUACAACUAAAUGUGAAAACAACAAUCGACUCAUUGGCACGUGCUAAUGAAAAUAAUGCCGAAUUACAUAAACGAAUGGUUACUUUAAGCGAACAUUUGAAAUUAUUAGGUUCACCACUCGAUCAAUUGAUGAAGACACUGCCAACGAUUGCUGAACUUGAUGAUGAGAAUAAUAAACCAAAAAUUAGUCGUUUGAAAACAUUAGUAGAAAAAGUUGAUGUUAUGCGUAAACAGCGUGAACAGCUGAUGAAUGAUUUUCGGAAAAGAAUCCAGGACGAUGAUAUUACAACAUUAGUUAUUAUGCAUCGACAAGAUAGUCACAAGAAUUUGUUUAUGGAACAAUUGAAAAAACAUGAAGAACUCGUUAAUAUAAUCAAACAAAAUUGUACAGCUCAAGCAAACAUUUUACAGAUGUUAACCGAAGCAAAUGCAGACUUUGCAGAAGUUCGAUCAAAAAUUGCAGCUAAAAGCGAAACGUAUGUUUUAUUUUAUUUUGUGUGUUUCUUUAUAUUAGUAUCAGAUAGUAAUAAUCACAUAGUUUUGUGUUGUAGCCGAACAAAGCUAAUCAAUGACUAUAUCCAUUCAUUUAAAUCAUUUCCAGAAGUAACAACAAAAGCAAAUGAAGGCAUUGAAUUUUAUAAGAAAUUAGCUGGUAAUUUAGAGAAACUGAAUGAACGUUUUUCAGCCCUACAACAGAUAAUGCAAAAACAACAAUCACCGAUAACACCAUCGCGUAUACAAUUGCCUCGAACAUCUGUGCCAGCACGGACAAAUCAAGAAAUAAUCGACGGAGAAUUUCGGAGUAUAUCCCCAUUAACACCAGUAUCACCGUCAAUAUCAACAUUGCCCGAUCGUCCACGUCUCAAAGAUUAUUUAGCAGUGAUGAAACCAGAAACUUGGGGAAAAUCUAAUACUGGUCGAAGAAAACAGUUGCCAGCAUCUGAUCGUACUUAUGCUCUUCAAGAUGCUUCCAUACCUUCGACGAAUUAUUACGAGACUCAACAACCACAACUCCAGCAACAUCCAUCAUUAGACUAUCCGUUUACUCCACAAAACCAGCCCGAGCGAUCACAGGGCAUUACAUCCACGGCACGUUCUCAAUCAAACACAGUACAACAACAACCUCAAUGGCAACAUCAGCUGCCAUCGCCGAAUACCACUAAAACAUUCCAUUUAAAUUCGACGUCGCAUCAGCCAAAUGUGAAUCAAUAUGAACAAUCACAGUCUUCGUUCAUUCCACAAACGAAUAUGAGCCAGUCACAAUUUCAACAACCACAACAAAACUUCAUUCAGCAACCACCUCAUGCAAAUAAUAAUCCGAUACAUCUGCAGCCUCAAUUUAAUCAAUACGCAGAUCAACAACCAGCAUCCUUUAUUCACCAACAACCACACAUAAAACAAGAAUCACUUUACAGUCAGUAUCCACCAUCAGCACAGCAACAACAACACUUUACUCCAUCGUCGACGGUUCAGUACCAGCCAGUGAGUCCUAUUGUACCGACUCAUCAUCCUCAGCAAGUCAUAGCACCAACGCAUCAUUCUCAACAAGCCAUAGCACCGACGCAUCAUCCUCAACAAGUCAUAGCACCGAUGUUUCAACAACCUUUCAGUUCAAUUAAUAAUCCACCAACUAGUCAGUAUACAAUGCCUAUUUCGAUGCCGCCUGAAUCUUCACAUCAGCAACAAUACCAACCUGUCUCUAAUCCAACUUCACAGCCCAAAUUCGAUCCGUAUCGACCACAACCUGUUGGCUCUUAUGAAAUACCGAAAUCACAAACUUAUCAACCACAAUCACAUGUUUCUUCAACAGUGCAAUAUCCGAUGCAAUCACAACAGCCAGAACAAAAUGUUAAUCGAAUACCAGGAAUAAAACCAGAAGAUGUUUAUCGGCCAAGCGUUUUUCCUCCGAGUAGUUCAGGGAUGCUACCAUCGUCAUCAGUAAAUAAUAAUUCCUCAUUUCCGAAUAAUACUAAUCAAUUUGUGCAAUACCCACAACAAUAUUAUUCAACGCAGCCGCAAUCACAACCUCCUUCUGGUUUUUACACUUAUAAUAACAAUAAUGACACUAAUUUUAAUGCCGUUUUACCUUCUUCGUCUACUAAUGUAGUGCCUCAUAUGUCUAAUUUAUCAAUAAAUUCUAAUCAGUAUUCGAAUGUUUCUAAAACAAACAAAAAUGAACUAUCGGAUACUCAGUUUAAAAUUGCUGAUGAUCUUUUAUCGUUGGAUAUGAAUGAACAGAUAUCUUCUCCUGUUCUACCAUCAUCAACGGCAACCAUUGCGGAAACAUCUCAAAUACCUAAUGAUGUUGACACAUCGUAUAUAAAACAAAUACAAAUUAAUGGGAAACCAACAGCAUGCAUCCAGCCGUGGUCAACAGAAUCAACAAUCGAGCAUCCAUUAAUUGUUUCAGAAUCUUCACCUCAAAAUGAAAAAGUAUCAUCAUCAAUAACUACUCAACAAGAUCCAUAUGAUGAUAAAGAUAAACUGGAUCAAUUGGUAACAGAUGUAUGUCGAUUUGAAAAACAAGUUGAUCAAUUAACAAAAAAGACGUUAAAUGGAACAAUACCACUUGAAAUUGAAUGGAAGGAACUAGCUGAUUUUCAAGAAAAAGAUGUGUCUUGCUUUACGUCUGCUACUGGUAAAUGUUAUCCGAACAAAAAUCGUUAUCAAGAUGUAUUACCAUGUAUGCGCAUUCGCGACAAUGGCCCAUGUUUUAUUAGUGCACAAUAUCCACUAUCAAAUUCAAUCAGUGAUUUUUGGACAAUGAUUUGUGAACAACAAAUAGCUAUUGUCGUUGUAUUACUACGCCUUGAAGAAAUUGAUAAGAAUGUAUGUCCUCAGAAAGUGGGAGAAGAAAUAAAACUAAAGUUUAUAACAAUUAGUUUGCUUAGUACAAAGAAUACACAAUAUUCACAACAUAAAAUUAUUCGUAUACAAAAUUCACAGACAAAUCAGUCACGAACUGUUAUUUGGCUUGAACAUGUUGACUGGCCUAUUAAAGAAAUGCCUGAUAAUCCAUCAGAAUUCUUACGUUUCAUUAAAGAAGUACAAUAUUUUUUAUUACAGACACGUAAUACAAGAUCGACAAUAUUAGUGACAUGUUUAAAUAGUGUAUCACGAACGGGAGCGUUUUUAGUUUUGUUUACAUGUAUACAAGAUAUUGAUGAGGGUAGAUCAUUUCCUGAUAUUACAAAAAUAGUGCGUUUAUUACGAUCAAAAAGACGAUUUAUGAUUCAAGAAAUUAUCCAUUUAAAGUUUUGUUAUGAAGCAUUUUGCUGUUAUGUAGAAGAUAAACUUGUUAAACGUGGUGUAUUAACAAACUCUUCAACCACUCAUAUGUUGAACAAAGAAACGAAAACACAACAUUAUUCGCCAACUAAUUUCAUUCUCGGACAGACGCCUAUUAGUGAAAUGCAAGCAUUACUUGAAAAAGCAAGACAAAAAUCGACGAUAAUAACUACUACAACCGUAACAUCACCAGGAGAACAAGACAAUGGCAAAAAUAGCGAUAAAUCUGGUCAAAUAUCAGAGGUAAACUACGAUAUUGGUCCAGUUCGAGACGAGACUAGUAUUGAUCAUAUUAGUAGUAAUAUAACAAAUGAUACCGUAUCCGAAGAAAAUCAUUCACUAAACGAAACAUCGUCAACACAAGAUCGAACUACCCGUUUACUAACAUCGAUAGAAGAAAAUUUUAAUUUACGACCGGAAGAAAGUUGCAUUCGUCAGCAUAUUACAAAAGAUGAUUUUCGUCGACAGUCAUCAUCGUUGAAUAAAAAAGAUUUGGCUGAUCCUUUCAAUCAGUUAGAUUCAUUGUGGACAUUUAAAAAAAAAAUUUAA